AUGACGCUCCGCUCUGUUCUCGCGGCGGCCUUGGCCGUCUCCCCCCUUCUGGGAUUCGUCGCCGCUCACGGCAACCACUCCCCCGAAGAGAUCGCUGCCGAGCUGGCCCUCCGCGACCUGGUGACUGUUCACGGCAAGCGCGCCCUCGACGCCUGCUCCGGCUCACCCGCCGCCCUGGCCCUCAAGCAGCGCGCCCUCGAGCGCCGCGCCGCGACCGCCCAGCAGCUGCGCGAGAAGCGUGGCCUCACCGGCCAGAAGAUGCACCAGAAGCGCGACAAGGCCGACUUCGAGGCCUGGGCCGCCAUCGACCACGAGUCCAUCGAGGGAUUCACCCUCGACACCGCCGUCGAGGACAUCUUUGGCUCCAACGCCACCUGCACCCUCGUCCCCGAGACCACCAUCGGCCCGUACUACGUCGAGGGCGAGCUCAUCCGCACCGACGCCACCGACGGCGAGCCCGGCGUGCCCGUCCAUCUGGACAUCCAGUUCAUCGACGUGGCCUCCUGCACCGCCGUCCCGGAGCAGCUCAUCGACCUCUGGGCCUGCAACGCCACGGGCGUGUACUCGGGCGUCGCGGCCGCCGGCCAGGGCGGCCUCAACACGACCUACGGCCGCGCCGUCCAGCAGACCGACGCCGACGGCGUCGUGCAGUUCGACACCAUCUUCCCCGGCCACUACGUCGGCCGCACCACGCACUUCCACAUCAUGUCCACCGACGGCGCCGAGAUCCUCCCCAACGGCACCUUCGAGGGCGGCGUCGCGCGCAACAUCGGCCAGCUCUUCUUCGACCAGAGCAUCAUCUCCGAGGUCGAGACCCUGGCCCCCUACAACACCAACACCCAGGCCCUCACGACCAACCUCGAGGACGGCAUCGCCGCGGACGAGGCCACCGCCGAGUACGACCCCUUCCUCAAGUACGUCAGGCUCGGCGAAGACCUCAACGACGGCCUCCUCAUGUGGAUCACCAUCGGCAUCAACACCACCGCCGACCACAACGACGAGGUCAGCGCCGCCGCUCACUACCACGAGGGCGGCGGUGUCGACCAGAGCAACGGCGGCGCCUUCCCCGGUGGCCCCACAUCCUAA